AGUAUGAUAUUGAGUUCUGUGUAGUUAAGUCGGAAUAUUUCGUAUAGUUCUCGUCGACUGUCGUGUGACAUUUGUUCUUCAAUUCAGAAACGCAUAUUGAAACGCAGCGAUAAUACAAAUUACGAAUAUUCAAUGAAGAAGAUUUAAACCAAACCAAACCAAACAAAGCAAAAAACCAAACCAAACCAAAGAAAACCAACCAAUUAAAAUUAAAAAUUUCAAUUCGCUUCAAAAAUAUAUUACAAAUAUAACAGCUAAUUUAAUCAAAUCAAAUUCGCCACAAAAAUCGCAAACAAAGUUUACAAAAUUCGUUUACUUAAUCCCAUAACACAAAACAAGCUACAACUAAUUCAAAUAUAUAACUGUUAAAUCUAUCAGAGAGAAAGAGAGAGAGAAAGAAAAAGAGAUAGAGAAGUACACGCGCGUGUUUAAAUACUGGAAAAUACAGAUAAGAUAAAUAAUUAUAAACACUAAGCCAUACACACAUUAUUGAAGGCUAACCACACGAAAAUACAUUAAAAUCAAUAAGUAACCAGUACAGAGAGAAGACAAUUCAAGUGAAAAACUGAAACGAAACUUUCAAAAAGUGCUUAAAAGUAAUCAAAAGAAUUAUUCAAGAGAUACAAAUUACAAAAAAAAAAAAAACUUAGACAAAUAAACAACGGUCAUUUCCAGAGGAAGAUAUACAAAAAGCUUCCAGCAGAAUCGGUGAAAAUCGUUAACAAUUUUUUCUCGCAAAGGCGCCACGUCCAAGAGCAAAUCGUUCCAUAUGGUUCAUAUUAUUGAAUUGGUCGGCCAGCCGAAGGUUGAGUUUGCUCAACAAGUUACUGUAAGUUGCCAUCAUCCAUUAAUACCACCAGCCAUCAAAUUAAUGAACCGUGCUUUACAGCUGAAGCCAGCUGAAAAUGAAAGUCGCAGCGAGCAUUUAGAUCGCAAGCUGUUCGUUGGCAUGCUCAGCAAACAACAGACCGAAGACGAUGUUAGACAAAUCUUCCAUCCCUUCGGCACUAUAGAGGAGUGCACCAUACUUCGUGGGCCGGACGGUGCUAGCAAAGGCUGCGCUUUCGUCAAAUUUGGUUCGCAGCAGGAGGCCCAGUCAGCAAUAACCAACCUACACGGAAGUCAAACUAUGCCGGGCGCAUCCUCCAGCCUGGUCGUCAAAUACGCCGACACGGAGAAGGAGCGACAAAUAAGGCGCAUGCAGCAAAUGGCCGGUCACAUGAACCUGCUGAAUCCGUUCGUCUUUAAUCAGUUCAGUCCGUACGGCGCCUACGCCCAGCUUCCCUCUCCUCCGGAAUUGCAGCAACAGCAACAGGCCGCCCUGAUGGCCGCCGCUGCCACGGCACCCGGAUCCGCAGCCGCCUACAUGAACCCGAUGGCGGCCCUGGCAACGCAGAUACCUCAUGGCCUAAACGGCACCGGCCAGCCCCCCUCGCUGCCGUCGCCGACCAUGCCCAACUUCAAUAUGGGCGCCAACACGCCCAAUGGACAGCCAGGCGGAGCGGCCGCUGCUGCUGCUGCGGCGGCUGCCGCGGACGGCGUCUUCACGAACGGCAUUCCACAAACGGCAUUCCCAGGACCCACUGAACUGUUUGUUGCAGAUCCGCUGCACUUGACUAUACCGCCACAAGGUUUGCCAAACGGCGAUGCUGCUACCCUGCAACAUGCCUUCCCUGGUCUGCCACCGUUUCCAGGAGUUGCCUUUCCCGCCGUCUAUGGACAGUUUCCACAAGCUUUACCACCUCCCCUAGCGGCGGUUGCACCCACUCAGCGUGAAGAUUUUCUGAUGUUCCCAGGAUGUUCGAUAUCCGGACCCGAGGGCUGCAAUCUCUUCAUCUACCAUUUGCCCCAAGAGUUUGGCGACGCCGAGUUAAUGCAAAUGUUCCUGCCCUUUGGCAAUGUGAUCAGCUCCAAGGUCUUCAUCGAUCGUGCUACAAACCAGAGCAAAUGUUUCGGAUUUGUUUCAUUCGAUAAUCCCGCCAGCGCUCAAGCGGCCAUUCAGGCCAUGAAUGGCUUCCAGAUUGGCAUGAAAAGACUGAAAGUUCAAUUGAAGCGGCCAAAGGAUGCCAGUCGACCCUAUUAACAAUCGGAGUUCCUUAAACGCAAUUCACAACAACCAACUGGAGCAACAACAUCAGCAACAGGCGCUUUGCCAACAACUACCGCAUUUUCAGCAGCCACGCCCACAUCGGCAGUAACCUCCGUAUCAGCAACAGUGACAACAACGGCCCACUAUAAUAACCUUGGCAGCAGCUUUAGGCCAACCUUAACUUUGCCCACUGAAAGCUCCAACCACAAUGCCCACAUACCCUAUACAUUUGCCAGCUGGCGCAGCGGUACCUACUGCUAUCGCAACCACAACAACAAUAGCGAAAACUGCAGCGACAACAACAACAACCACCACAGGAACGUACCCGAAUCCCAAUCCCAAAACGAUACAUCAUCCAACACCAAUUGCUCCAAAGUUGAACUGGUCGAGAGACUAUUCAUGUGGCAACAGCAAAAGCGAAAGGCCUAAAUGUAACAUCAAACACAACAGCAACCAUAACAACUGCAGCUACAAUAAGGAGCAACUAUUGCUGGGAUGGUCGUCAACCAUGCUAUGUGAAAACGAUUAUAGAAAUGAAACAUGCAAAGCGUAUGUAAAAAAAAAAAAUAAAAAAUAGUAAACGAGAAAAAUGUAAAUUAAAAAAAGAAAACACCUUAGAGCUGAAAAAUUGAAUAGAUUUAUAUAUAUAAUAUAUUUAUAUAUAUUUAUCCAAUUAUACAUUCAUCUGAAUGCAGUACAGCAGUACACAGAAAAUAAUAAAAGAAAACCCAUCAAAAAAGAAACCACAAACAAAAUUAUAAAUUGAGAAAUGCAGAAGAAUGACAGAAUUUUUGCCAAAAUAUCGAUUUAAUAAAAAUAUAUAUUUAUAGAAGCAAGAAACAAACAUGGAUAUUGAUAGUUUUGUUAACUAAAGAACAAGAACAUUGCACACCAGUACACUCCCACACUGAACACAAAACUUGAGACAAAAACUGACUGGCAAGAGACCAAAAUUAUCUGGGUUUUCAAAUAAAAAUAACAACAAAAAAAAACAAAAAACAAAACAAUUAAGGAUUAUAAGAGCAGCAACCAUUUUAUAUGAAAAAUUGGUGAUGGGAAUUUAUAAAAAUUAAAAACUCUGCGCAAGGAAAAUUAGUUGAAAAACAAAGCAAACACAAAAGAUGAACUAUUAAAACUGAAUUUGUUAAUCUGAUGAUGAACUCGAUCGGAGUUUACAGUUAAUCGAGUAAAUUAGGAGACAGCAGUUAAAGGAAAGGGUUAAAAUAUAGAUGGGACAUAGAGGAAGUCAGGUGAGGAAGAAGACAAAGUAGGUCUGCAACUUUUUAGCAUUUAGUGGUAAGCAAAAUGGCAAAGAUUCAACAGAUGCAUAAACAGAUUAUAUGUACACAUGAAAAAUUAACACAAAAAUUCGAAUUUAAUUAAUUUUAAGUAAAAGAAAACGGAUAUAGGAAGUUAGAACUAGACGGGACAGAGCAAGCCACUUAAUAUGCGACAUGCUUUGAGGGGUAAGUCCAACCCCCAAAGGGUUCGACCAGCCUCACCACAAGCAAAAAUAUCAUUUUUUAUAAUAUAUAAAUGAGUACUAAUUUUAGAAAUAUUAUAAUACGGAUUUGUUAGAACUAUUGAAGAGAAUCAAAGUGAAGAAAGCUAAACAAAAACAUUAAAAAGAAUUAUAAAAUACAAUAUCUACAGCGAUCAUUUACGUUGGCCUAUAUUUUCUCAGAGGGAGAAAAUUCUUGUAAUUGUUUAAAUUUCUCAAUUUGUUUGAUUCGAUACCGUUUGGUUAAAAAAUGUAUUUAAAAAUCGUAAACGAUUUUAUAGAAUAAUAAACAAAAUUUUGAAAAAAAUCAAACAACAACUUUACACUUAAACUUAGCUGCUUUCAACAAAAACAAUUACAGGUACUUACAGAUAUACAUGCAUAUAUAUAUAUAUAUAUAUACAUAGAAAUAUAUAAUAAAAGGAAGGAAAAAUGCAAAAAGUAAAUAAAAACCCAAAGAGAAGAGGAGGAAAUAUAAGUAGGGCUACUGAAGGAAUGGAAAACAUAACAAACAUUUUGCUAUGAAAGUAUUACUAUAAAAAUAUAUACAAAAUAGAUAUACAAAACAGCAGAAAACUGAAAGUUUUGGCCACUUAUUUUCACAACCAGCUCCGAGAACGAAACCGAUACAGAUAAAGAUUCAGAUUCCGAUCAAGUUGACCAUAGCGCGCCCUAGCCAGACUAAGCAAACUAUUUAACACUAAGCAUAUAUUAAUUAUUAUUGAUUGUUAUUAUAAACAAAAAUUACCAUUAGAGUUUUUAUCACAGUCAAAAAGGAAUCAAGUAUUUUUUAGCAAAACUAGAGAAUUUAUCACGGCCUAUUAAAUUUAUUCAAUACUUUCAUUUUGUUUCUAACACUGACAUAGGACGACACAAUACCCCGCACAUCUACACUGAAAUCUAACUAAAUAUUAUUGUCAAUAAAGAAACGUAAAAUGAGAUCUUUAUCCGACAUUUACUCAACUGUCUGUUGAAUCGAAUCUUUAACAAUUUAGCAGCAAAAUCUGUACAAAAGCGUGAAUAAGAAGAGGAGAAGGACCGAUGAGUCAAAUCUACAGCUAAAUAUGCCAAAAAAUAAGAUUAUGGAUAGUGAAAGGAUAAAGAGUAGAGGGUGGAGAAAAUUAACAAUUAUUUAGAGUUUGUAUAGUGAAAAUGAUAAGUUUAGAGUCGCCUAGUCUGUGGGUCCUGCAGAGGAUUCUUCGUCUGCGGGACGUAUUUGAUACUAAAGAUAAAACAUUUAAAUAUUAACAAAUACAAAUAUAAAACUAUAAGAUAUAUUAAAAUAUGGAAAGAAAUUGUUAUCAGAGUUAAAGUUAAUUUUGUUACCAGUGCAAUAAAUAGUUUGGUGCGGUACUUAUUAGUUCCCUCUCAACCAAUAUCAAUUUUAAUUUUAGUCACAGUUUUCAUUUCCGUUCUGUGUAUUGUCCAUCGGAUCACUGAGACAGUAUUAGAAAUCUGGGCAAAUACAUAGGAAUACAGACGGACCAGAGUGAGGGGAAAUAUUAUAAUUAAUGUCAAAUCAAUUAAAUCAGUUCAAUUUUAUUCCUCUUUUGAAUCAGAAAAUGUUAAGCCUCGACAGGAGUUAUAUUGUAAAUAUAGAAAAUGAAACCUAAGGCGGAUGAAAGUCCCACACUGAGAGAAACGAAUGAAAUGGCAGUUAUUUAACGACACAUGCAUACAAGUAUAUUUAAAUACCUACAAACAUACAAGUACAUAACAUAUAUGAAAAUUAUCAAACUGAUUUUAGCGCCUAUUCAAAAGUAGUUCAGCCAGAGACACUCAAGAAUUUUGACAGCUUUGAAUUAAAAUGCUAAACUAGAAUUUUACUUCAGAAAAACUCAUCCAAAUACACGAACACGCUACAUGUAUUUACGAUCUUGUAUGAAUCGAUCUAGUCAAAUUCAAGUUAAUUAUUGCAUAAAGAAAAUUAAACCUUAAUGAAGAAUAAGAAAUUUAAAAACCAAGUCAAACUAUUGAGAUAAUAAUAAUUUACUAUUAUUAUGUACUAUGAUUAUGAUUAACGAAUUAUGAUUUAUCUAUGUAUUGAAAAUACGAACACAAGUAUUUAAAUUAAUAUAUAAAUAAUUAUUAUUACAAUUAUAAUUAUUAUUAUUAUAUGCUAUUAUACAAACAUUUUUAGAUCAUAUACACUAUACUAUGAAACAUACGGAAUCAAGCAAAAUAAUACAUUUUGUGCUAAACUGAUUUUGGCAAAAUUAUGCAAAUUAUAUACCAAGAGGAAGGAUACUAAAACCCUAAAUUAUCGUAACUAUUAUUUUUAAAGCAUAACACACAAUAAACUAAACUAAACCAAGAGAAGCAGAACAAAUAAAAGAGAAAACAAAUUGAAAAACCAAAAUACAAAGCAACCAAACUUGUUUUAUUUUCUCAUUAUUUUACGCGUCCGACAUCCGGCUUUUGAUUCAUUUCAAUUGGCAGAUACCAGGACAGACUAGGUCACAUACCUCCAGAACACAUAAUCCCAACCCGAAACAGAGGACUGAGAAUUUGGCAUAAUACCCUACCCUUCAAUUUGAAUAUCGUUUACCCAUGUUCUCCCUUAAGUAUAUUUUGAUAAACUAAAAAACAAAAACCAAAACACGAAACGGCUGUGACACGAACAUUUAACAAAAAAUGUGAACAAAAUCAAAUUUAUUUAUCGUUUGCGCUUAGUUUGAUUUGAAUGAUCAUUUUAAAGAGCGGUGAUAACAAGAAACCACUAAAGCCAAAUCAAAAUUAAAUCGAUAAACGAAUAAAAAUACAAUAUAAAGGAACAAUUAAGUCGCUUAAUUCAAAUUCGAAAUGAAAUGUGAUGAAAGCAAACAAAAAACGAGAAACAAGAAAGCUAAUUUAAUAAUUAACAAAAAAAAACAUGUCGAAUUCAUAUUAAACUUAACGAAUAGAAAAAGACAAUUGUACCUUGAGCAUAAAGUGUAAAAAUUGGAACUCGUAAAAAUUAAAGUAUUCCUAGACAUAAACCAUAGAUAACAAGCACAUAACUAAAAAAAUGGACAGGUUUCGCCCAUCUCGCUUGAGGGGAUAUGAAAAUUGGCACAUUUCUUUGCAAUUUUUGCCAAAAUCCAGUUUAGUGCCAGAAAACAUCCUUUUGAGCUACAAUCUGCAUUUAGCGUCGUCAUACUCCGCGUCUUCACUAUCUCUCAAUUGUACGCACACUCACACAACGAACUCACCACCACAUACACACGCAUCAUAUCAAGUACGCGGAUAUGCGAACGGUAGUCUAUAACUUGGCGGUCUCCUCGGUGAUUCUCAAUUUGUUUAGCUGGCGGCAAAGAGAAGGGACCCCACUGGCAUUGCAUUUCCUCCUGAUUUCUUCGAUCGUUUUUAAAUUCCUUUUUCCGUUUGUAGCCAGCUAAGAGUAGCGCUAAACUAAGAAUAAGCAUUGUACAUUACUAAUGAAAAUGAAGUCUCUUAUCGAUGAUCGUUCCUUAAACUUAAUCUAUUAUGCGAAUAGAUUUUGUCCUACGCAUAAUGUAUUUUUAUUAUACAAGAUGCGGAAUGUGGCAUUCUUAUAGAAUGUUUAUUACUCUAUACAAGGCAUUACUAAUAAAAACUAACUUCUUUAUUUAUUAUAUAUACUAUACACAAAUAUAUUAUAUACUAGUUAAUGACAAGGUUAGACAAAGUAGUGAAUGAAGCUUACAACACUGACACGGAAACAAAAGAACAUGAAACAACCAAAAACACUGGAGUCCAAGUUUAGAACUUACUAAUCAAAAAUAUAUUUAGAUACACUUUUCUGCAGGUAUUUAAAAGGAAGUAAACGUAAUGGUAAAACUAAACUAAUGCUAACGAUAACGAUAAAUAACGAUAGAGACAAGCACUUAACCCCACCAUAACCAAGGACUUACCAAAAUUGCAUACACUAGUUUUCUAACUACACCUACAAGGACACCCAAUCAACACUCCAACCAACACAGAGACACAGUUACAAGGGCCCAAGAUGGCAGCAGGACAAGGAAUGUAGGAUCGAUAGGUAGGAUGAAAAGGGUAGGGUGCAUAUCUUUUUGCCAAGCCUAACACAUUUUGCCUUUGAUAUAGCGCAUUUUUGGUUUGGUUUUAAUAGAAUCACAAGAAUGACAUAUUGGAUACAGGGUAAUACAUGCAGUUAAAUAUAAAUAGCAACUAAACUUAUCAAAUAACUAUGAUCAUUUCGUAUUGAACCAAUGCAUUUCAAUUCAUUUGUAUUAUAAUUUCCCUCAAAGCUUCCGCACUUUUUUCGAUACGAUAUUUUUAAGCUCGAUACACACUUUUGAAGCUUUGCUUACCAACUAGAUUUCGCUUGGAUAGGCAUAGGGUUAGAUCUUUAGAGUAUCAUCAACCAAGGGCAUAGUUGGGAAAUGGAAAGGCUAUAGUAGCCAUAGGAAUAUAACAAAAUCAGCAACAAUAAUUGGCGGCGCUUGUAAGAAAGCUCAGAAAGUGCAUUUAAAAUACAACAACAAAAAAUCUGAAAACAAAAUGAGAAGGAGAAGAAGAAAUUUAAACAUUUUUAAAUGCAGAAACUAGUCGUACUUAUAUAGACGAUGUAUUAUAAUACUAUUAUUAUGACAAUUAUUACUAUUACUAUGAACAAAGAAAGAUUUAUUAGCGAGCUAAGGUCAACCAAGCAUUAUAAACCAAUUUUGCAAUUAUACAAACCGAAUCGGAUGGAAUGAUAUGGGAGAGGAAUAGGUGUACGGCUGGAGAUAUUGGCGUUGAAAAGGCCCAAAAGUUAUUUUUUGUAGAUAAAACUGUUAUCUUUUAGUACUUAGCCAAAUGUUAGAUCGAGGUACGAGAUGCAGAGAUAUGUAUGUAUAACUCAUGCAGUUGGCAGCAGGCUAAUCGAAUAAAACCAAAUGGUCAAAGCGAAUUUAUAUUGUAUAUAGUAUAAAGCCCCUCAAACAGAAACCCGAACCAAGGGGUUGAAUUAUUGCAUAUUAUUGAAAAACAAAAUUAGUUGCUAGUCUAGAUUUUAGCAUCAACACAUCCGAAGGACACAUAUAACACUUGCAAUUUUUUGAGUGUAGCUUGAGAUGCGUUUCAGAAACUAUUUCUCAGAUGCAGUACUAUAGCUACAGCUUCUUUGUACACUCUAUAUACUUUCCGUUUAGAAAUCCGUCCGUAUUUAGCAUUAUGCAAGCACACAAACACUCACACACACGUAAGCAAAACGGCAUGUGGUUUGAUUUUGGUAACUUAUCCUCACUUAUGAAUGAUUUGCGAUUGCUCCAGAUUUAUGUAUGUAUGUAAUUACAUCCGUCUUUUCCGAUUCCAAAACCAAGUCCACACAAAUACAAUUACUUAGCAAUGAUUACAACAAUCCAUUAUUUGAGAUUUUUGAAGAGCACCUUUAACGAAAACAAUAAGAAAUUAGCAGCAAAAUGUGAAUGAGAAACACAAACGAAAACAAAAAUAAAAACCUAACAUUAAAAUUAAAAAACUGACAUUUUAAAUUAAGAGAACUUGCACCUAAUACUAGUAGCAUAAAUGUAAAGACAGACAAAUGCAGAUAAUGAAUUCUCAUUUCAUUUAAUUCAAAGCAAAACCGAUUCUAAGAGGGCAAAUCCAAAGAAUGCUUUUAAACCCAAUACGAUUCGUGAUCAAUUCCUUUAAAAACUGACAAGAGGAAUUUCAAGUUCGAAUGAGAAAAUAAAACCAAACGAGGCGAAAUCAAGAAUAACGACACAUGAAUUAAAUGUUAAAUGUAAAAUGGUUUCAGAAUCAAAAAGAAUAAAAUAAAAAUAGAGGAAAAACAGGAUCGAUCACUGGCCCUGUGAGCCCGGAACAGUUCAAGAGUUUUUCUAUAGUAUUUCAUUGAAUUAUUCAUUGAGUUCCCACAUCGAAUGCACUUUAUAUACAGAUCGAGCAUUUUUCACUUUAUACAUUUUUUCAAAUUCAUCACAAUUGAAGCGGAAAUAAGGGCAGAAUCAUGCACACAGCUAUUACAUGAAUACUCACUUAUAUUAAAUAUGACAAAAUUUAUAUUUACACACAUAGAAUGCCGAACUAACGGGGACGAUGAUGUAAUGUCAAAAUGAUGUAAUAGUCAAAAGUAGUUGAUCGAAAAACAAAGUGGAGCAGAAGUGAAGAACAAUUAAGUAAAUCAUUUAUAAUAGCAACAAAAAGGUCUUUAUAUAACUAUUUAUAGAAAUAUACGCUAUAUACUAUACAUAUGUGUACAUUAAAUACAAUCUAUGAAUAAUGAAACCAGAAUGGCGAAGUGUGUAAAAUUGUGCAUUCGUUCAUUAAAACAAAAGGAUGAAAGUAAACACCGAAAAAACAAUACAGAUAUAUAACUAUAUAUACUCAAUCGGCCUUUUCCGCGAUGCGUUGUCACGCGGAAAUCGGUUGAAAGCCCACAACACAAGUAAAUGCUAUCGAACAAGAAAACUAUUAAUUAAUUAUGAACAAAACUAUAAAUAUUUUAAUACUUAAAGCAUUAUUACCAGAAGUAUAUUUUAAACAUUAUUUAUGCGACUUACUGCAGGAUACAACAUAAAUAAACCCAGCCUAAUAAUAGAUGAGUACAUACUACAGUAACAAUAACUACCGAUCGAUUAAAGAUGCCGCCACCAUCCUAGACACCCAAACAGGUUCAUUUACGAUCAAUCUGCUUCAAGACCUAAGAUCUCCCAUAAUCCGGAGCACACUGAUCCAACCAUAACCAAACAGUAGGAAGGAGCAAAGGCAGAUUAGUUAGAUCCAGAGUGCGGCGAAAGGCUAACAAUAAGAUGAGAUGGAGGUAUAAAUCGUAAUAACAGAAAUAUCAACCACCCUAGUAUUAAUUAAUUAUUGCCAGUUUCAAAA